CAGGCAGAGAGUGUAAAAUGGCGCACAGCUGUCGGUGGCGGUUCCCCGCUCGGCCCGGAGGGAGCAGCAACUCCGGCACCGGGAGGAGAGCGGGCCGAAUCAGGGUUACUGCCUUUUUGCGGAGUGUAUCGGGAACCCAGCCCAACGCAGCUGGACUCGGACCCGGGUUUGAUGCUGCACUACAGGUCUCUUCGGUUAUCGGGAGCAACCUGCAGAAAUUCCGGGAGGUUUUGGGGGAAUCGAGCGACUCGAGCAGCGCAGAGGAUGAAGCGUUUGUAGGAUUUGGAGCGACUGCUGAGCAAAUAGAAAUACAGAGCCCUUCAGCAACUUCUCCAGUCCCACCCGUACAGGAGAAAAAGCCCAGAGGCCGUCCACCGCGAGUCCUGACUGCCCAGAAGGUUGCUUCAAGUCUGCCUUCCCUUUCACCUUUUCCUUCCCCAACGCCAGCGAAACCCGACGUUCCUGAACAGCCAGCAGAAAAAGUUAAAAGGCUUCCCGGGAGGCCACCUGGCACCGGAGAGAAGAGAAGAGGACGGCCACCUUCUUCAAGCAAUAAAAAAGCUUGGAGCACAGGCAACCAUGCUACAGGGGAGGACAGCAGGCAGGCUGAGUUUGAACUGGGUGUGGACACAGAGGAUGAUAAGGACAGAAAAGGCAACAAGAGGCUGUCAGUGGGCUCUGAACAGCCUCAUGCCACGGAGGCAAAGUUUCCCAAAGGUGGACGGAGUGAAUCCAAAGUUUCCACCCUGAAAAGGCUGACAGAGACUAAAAUCACCCCUCUCAAGUCACAUCUCAAAACUUUGCCUGGUGUACCCCGACGCCGACGUGGGCGACCACCCUCAGCUGAACGGCUCAAAGCUGAAGCAGCAGCUGCUGCUGCACAGCUGUCUACCUCCACUGAAGGUGGGGAAGGGAAACACAAGACUUUUAGAGUCAGGGGUGGAGACAAAGGCACAGAACCACACACAACUCAGUCGUCCAUGCUAAGGAAUGUGGAUGAGAAGCAGGACUCUUCCAAUCCACCUGCCUCCCCAUCUCCCUCCAAACCAGGUAGGCCAGUGGGCCUCAGAAAAAGCCCUCGGCACAGAAAGCCAGUCAGAAUUGUUCCCCCUUCCAAACGAACUGAUGCAACCAUCGCCAAACAGCUGCUGCAGCGUGCUAAGAAAGGAGCACAGAAGCGGCUGGAGAAAGAGGCCAUUGGGGGGAGUGGCUCCGGCGCCACUGAGGCUGGCAUCAGAAAAACCCAACUUAAGAACAUUAGGCAGUUCAUCAUGCCUGUGGUCAGCACUGUUUCCCUCCGCAUCAUUAAAACUCCAAAGCGCUUCAUUCAAGAUGAGGGCAGUUUUGGAACCCCUCAACCCCAUACAAAGAUAGCACGGUUGGAGCCACCCCCCUCAUCUGUUCCAACACCUGCCCAACCAACAUCUACAACCUCCUCAUCCCCUUCUCCUGCCCUCGUGUCCGUAACUCCUGCUGCUACUAGCAGUGUUACAACUGCUCCUGUUGAAUCUCUCCCUCCUCCAUCAUCCCCUGCCCCUACUCCCACUGUCCCAGCAUCAGCUUCCAGUCUGCUUAACAGCAACACCAGUAACGCAGCCAAUGGAAGAUUUAGCCAUAGCGCGCCAUCGUGCGGCUCAAGUGCUGUGUCACAGCAUUCCUCCCAACUAUCCUCUGCAGAGUCUUCCAGGUCCAGCAGCCCAAGCUUGGAUGACUCAUCUUGUGACUCCCAGGCUUCUGAGGCCACACAGGCUUUGUCAGAGCCAGAGGAUCAUUCUCUGUCCUCACAGGGAGAAAGGGAGGCCAACCUGUUACACAGCUCAAGGCCUGCAUCUCCUCCCUCUGAACCAGAACCCGAGAGGAGUCGAAGAGGUCGRAGAGCACAGGGGGCUGGUAGGGGAAGUCAGAAGCAGAGGGUGAGAGAGAGUCUCCCCACUGGAGUUAAAAAGCCACUCAUCAGCCCACCAACAGGAGUGCUGAUGACCUCCUCUACUCUUGGAAAUUCUCAGCAAACGUCCUCCACAGCUUCAUCUCCUUCUUCACCUACACCUCCGCCUCUCCUUGCUGCUCCACAGCCUCCCCUGUCGAGCUCCUCUAAUACAGCUGCUAUCAGUGAACACCACGCCCAAUCAUCCUGGAUGUCUCAAACCAUUCCAACAUUCAUGCCUGGGCCRUCAGUGCUUUCCAGCCUGUCAGACAAACGGAGUCGCUCAAUUCUGAGAGAGCCCACCUUCCGCUGGACAUCCCUGUCCCACCCUAAACAGCAGUAUUUUUCCUCUGCUAAAUACGCCAAGGAGGGCCUCAUUCGAAAGCCAAUAUUUGACAAUUUCCGUCCUCCACCUCUUACKCCUGAAGACGUGGGAAUGUUGCCUGGAGCAGGGGGACCCACUUCGGUUACAUUUCCAACACCAGGAGCAGGAGCAGGGAGUCGUCUAUUUGCCCCCAUUCACCCUCACGCUCACCACCAGCAUCCCCCRUCAUCCCGCUUCGAAGCAUCCCUCCCAAAGCGCAGCCCACUGCUCCGUGCUCCACGCUUUACACCCAGCGAGGCCCACUCUCGGAUAUUUGAGUCCGUUACCCUGCAGUCAUCUUCUGGGAGCAGCCCCGGUUCCCUCUCACCACACCAGACAUCCCCUAGCUCGAGAAGGCCCCAGCGGCGCAGUAAACGACAGGUCCCGGGAGCUCAGCGUGGCCAUCCACGAUCUCCAUCACACUCUAUGACCAGACGCAGCAGCCAAAUAAGAGAGCAGAUGUCUGCCGGAAAAGGUGCCUCAGAGAUGUCUGUGCUGACMGGAUCUGUUUCCAGUUGUAACUCCAGCUCAUUGCCGGGGGUUUCUGCAAGUCCACUAGCCAAUAGUGCCUUAACGCCUGCUACUUUCAGCCCCUUCUCCACUGUCUCUCGGGGUCUGGCCUCACAAGGAACACCAGAUAGCAGAAGAGGGGCAGCUGGAACUCCAUCGCCCAUGUCAAACACAUCGUCCGCUUCUUCCCCACUUUUCCCUCUCUUUCCUUCCAGUGCUCAGGAUACAGGACGAGGAGGAGGGAAAGGAGCUAAAGAAAAGAGCUUGCCCACUCCCCAAGAACCUACUCCAAAGGAAAAAGAAAGGGAGUCUGAGAGAAGUCGUGAGAAAGAGAAGGAAAACAAGAGGGAAGGGAGGAAAGAGUUUGAAAAAAGAAGUAAGGUGUCCACACCCGAUGGCUCCCCGAAUGCACCUUCCAGCUUGUUUGCUGUGGACGGGAGGGACUCAGAGGGCGCCCUUGCACCAAAAAAGGCUCCAGGGAGGAAAAAAUCAACAUCCGUUGACACGGUUUCUGACACUUCUUCCCUAGAAGUGAGAGGACUCCAUUCCAUGUCCAUCACCAAAGGACGUCAGGCAAAGAAAGGACGAGCCUCAGAGAAAGGGGCCGAGGCAGAAGAGGUGGAAAAGGAGAAAGAGAAACGAAGUACAUCUAACCAGCAGACUGCUAACCUUCCAGGGCAGCAAGGCAGACAAAACAUUCCUGUCUCUUUGAUGGUAACACAAGCAGAACAGCAUUCACUGACUGACAGACAGCUGGUUGGACUGUUGAAGAAGGCCAAAGACCAGCUGAUUGCAAUAAAGAAGAAUAAGCUAAAGCCUGCAGAUCAGACUAAGGUCCAGGGUCAGGAGAGCGACUCGUCAGAGGCAUCAGUCCGUGGUCCACGUAUUAAGCAUGUAUGCCGUCGUGCAGCUGUGGCUCUUGGCCGUAAUAGGGCAGUAUUCCCUGACGACAUGCCCACACUCAGUGCCUUGCCAUGGGAGGAGAGAGAAAAGAUCCUAUCUUCCAUGGGGAAUGAUGAUAAGUCAUCAGUAGCAGGCUCAGAGGAGGCGGAGCCCCAGUCUCCUCCCAUAAAGCCGCGAGAGAUGCGACAAAAGGUUGUUCAAGAAGCUCCUCCCAAAAAGGGGCGUCGAUCUCGCCGUUGCGGCCAGUGCUCGGGCUGCCAGGUUCCAGAGGACUGUGGCGUGUGCACAAACUGCCUGGACAAGCCUAAGUUUGGAGGUCGAAACAUUAAAAAGCAGUGCUGCAAGAUGAGAAAGUGUCAGAACUUGCAGUGGAUGCCUUCAAAGAUGAUUCUUCCAAAGCAAGGUAAAGGCAAGAAAGACAAGAAAAAGCGGUUUUCUGAGAAAAAAGAAGGUCUCAAUCCUGUGAAAGGGCCCGGUUCAGAGUCGGGCACCAAACCUACUCCUGCUUCGCCAAAGGAGGAUCCUCCGCAUAAAACCCCAGAAACUCCUCCAUUAAAGCUGGGAGAGGAGAAAUCAAGACAACAGCCACAGUCAAAGCAACCAUCUCCAGCGCUGGCCUCGUCCCCGGCCCCCGCAGAGCCCGCUCAGACCCCGAGCACAGCCACACCCCAGGCCUCUUCUCCAGCUUCGCCACCGGACCCCAAACAGCUCCCGGUCUCCAGCGGCGUCGCCAGUAAAAAGGGACACAAACCACAACAAACUGUUCCAGCACCUGCCUCCACGUCCUCCUCUUCCCCUUCAUCUUCAUCGUCUUCGUCAUCCUCGUCAUCUUCCUCCUCAUCCUCACCGGCUCAGAAUUCUCUCUCGCAGUCGACACAGUGUUACCAACUACCACAGCAGCAGCCGCCUGCUUGUCAGACGCUUUUAAAAAAGGAGGCCUCACCCAAAACGCUUGUGACUGAACCCAAGAAGAAACCGCAGCAGCCCCCAACGCAACAGCAGAGUCCAACUGCUACAGCUGACUCAAAACAGUUGAAGAAGCAASCUUCUCGCACUAUUCCUCUAUUUCCUAAGCAGAAACCAAAAGACAAGCUGCUGAGCACUAAACCUCCCAGCAGCAGUACUUUAAACUCGCUGAGCACUCCCUCGACUAGGGAGCUGGUGAAGUCCAGAGCGCCCUGCGACGGAGUGCAUCGUAUCAGAGUGGAUUUUAAGAGGGAUCAGGACGUGGAGAAAGUGUGGGAGGCUGGUGGCCUCAGCCUGCUCACCUCAGUGCCCAUCACACCCAGGGUACUCUGCUUCUUAUGUGCAAGCAGUGGAGACGUUGAGUUUGUCUUUUGCCAGGUCUGCUGUGAACCGUUCCACCUCUUUUGCCUCGGGGAGUCAGAGCGCCCCCUCCAGGAGCAGUUUGAGAACUGGUGUUGCCGAAGAUGCCGAUUCUGCCAGGCCUGUGGGCGCCAGCACCAGAAAGCUAAACAGCAGCUGCUAGAAUGUGAUAAGUGCCGUAAUAGCUAUCACCCGGAGUGCCUGGGUCCCAACUACCCCACCAGACCCACCAAGAAGAAUAGAGUUUGGAUUUGCAUCAAGUGCGUGCAUUGUAAGAGCUGCGGAGCCACCAAACCUGGGAAAUCCUGGGAUGCCCAGUGGUCACAUGACUUCUCCAUGUGUCAUGACUGUGCCAAACUUUUCGCUAAAGGGAACUUCUGCCCACUGUGUGAUAAGCACUAUGACGAUGACGACUAUGACAGCAAGAUGAUGAAGUGUUGUCGCUGCAACAGAUGGGUUCAUGCCAAGUGUGAGAAGCUUACAGAUGAAAUGUAUGGACUUCUGUCAGCGCUGCCAGAAAGCGUUGCCUUCACAUGUACCAAAUGUACUGAACGGUAUCCGGCCAAGUGGAGGACGAUACUGGAGAGGGAGUUUCAGUGCUGCAUUCGCAAUGUCCUCAACGCACUGCUUAAUUCACGCACAUCCAUGCACCUGCUACGCUACAGACAGGCGGUGAAACCUCCGGAGCUGAAUCCAGAGACAGAAGAGAGUCUUCCAUCCCGUCGUUCCCCAGAGGGCCCAGAUCCUCCAGUUCUUACUGAGGUCACUCCCACACCUCCAAGCGAUUCCCCUCCUGACUUUGAAUCCAUUGAGAAGAAGAUGGAUCAGGGUCGUUACUAUUCAUUGCUGGAGUUUAGUGAUGACAUUGUACGAAUCAUUCAGACAGCCAUCAGCAAUGACGGAGGCCAACCUGAGAGUAGGAAAGCCAACAGUAUGGUGAAGUCUUUCUUCAUACAGCAAAUGGACCGAAUCUUCCCGUGGUUCAAAGUGAAGGAAUCCAGAUUCUGGGAAAGACAAAAAGUCUCUGCCAACAGUGGGCUCCUYCCCAACGCCGUGCUGCCCCCGUCCCUGGACCACAACUAUGCCCAGUGGCAGGAGAGGCAGGAGCUUUGCCGUGCCGAACAACCUCAUUUUCUGAAAAAGAUCAUCCCGGCUCCACAGCCAAAGGCACCUGGUGAACCCGAUUCACCCGCCCCCUCUCCGCCGCUCCCUCCCUCCCUGCCUCCACCACCUGCACUCCUACCAGAUUKUGAAGACAGCCCAGAGCUUCCUCCUCCACCAGACGUCACUGAUAACAGGCAGUGUGUUUUGUGUCUCAAAUACGGAGACGAGAACACAAAUGAGUGUGGCAGGCUGUUGUACAUCGGUCAGAAUGAGUGGGUUCAUGUGAACUGUGCUCUCUGGUCUGCUGACGUGUUUGAAGACGACGAUGGCUCUUUGAAAAAUGUUCACACGGCUGUUCACAGAGGAAGACAAAUGCGCUGUGAGAAGUGUGAGAAGUCAGGGGCCACGGUUAGCUGCUGCCUCACCUCUUGCAACGGUAACUACCACUUCAUGUGCGCCCGCCAGAGCCACUGUGUGUUCUUGGAAGACAAGAAAGUCUACUGUUCAAAGCACCGGGACCUCAUCAAGGGAGAUGUGGUUUCUGGGUUUGAGGUAACCCGUAGGAUCCUGGUGGACCUGGAAGGCAUCAGUCUCAGGAGRAAGUGGCUGGCAGGAUUGGAGCCAGAAAACGUUCACAUGAUGAUUGGCUCAAUGACAAUUGAUUGUUUGGGAAUACUGACUGAACUCUCUGACUGCAAAAGAAAGCUCUUCCCUGUAGGAUACCAGUGUUCGAGAGUGUACUGGAGCACAUUAGAUGCUCGAAAGCGUUGUGUGUAUACCUGUAGGAUAUUAGUUUGUCACCCUCCAGUGACAGAGUCUGACCUAAAGAGCAUGAUGCCUCCUGAGGAGAAUCGCACAAUCGCACACAGCCCAUCUCCCACAACAGAUGUUCCUGAUCCRUUUAAGUCGCCAAGACGCUCUGAAAAUUUGUCCCCCGCUAAUACUCCCAAACUCAGGGUUUACACCAGAAACAGACACCCCAGCUAUCCCCCUUGUCAGCGCUCAAUCGACUCCAAGCCUACGCCACCUCCAGGGGUUACUUCACAGCUUCAAAGCCAUGCAGUGGUCACUGUGAGAGACUCCUUGGUAAACUCCAGGAACAUAGACUCUCGACGUCACAGCUCUCCUUCUCUUUCCUCUCCUCCCCACCAGCUGAACAGACUGAGGGGAGUGACCGCCUCGCCUCAGGCCUCGACACGACCCCUCACCUCACCCCCUCCCCUCAUUCCUUCCCCUGCCAGAGACCCCGAAAAGUCCAAACACAUCAGCAGAGAGUCAACAAAGAACGCAGUCCAGAGAGACGACGAGAAGGUCAAACUGUUUUCAACAGACAGACACAGACCGCAGCCAGCUAAAGAGCAAGYGUUACGAGACACAGAUAAGGGGAGAACGUCAAGUCGAGAUCAUGCUUCCAAGGACUCUGACAAGAGCAGACCACCCAGAGAACAUGGGCAGAAAGACUCUGACAAGAGUCAAGUAUCAGCCAAAGAGCCAGAAAAGAGAAGACUUUUAAAUCCUGACUCAGGUCUGAAAGAAUCUGAAAGUGGAAGACCUCUUAAYAGAGAUCACUCAAGAGAUUCUGAAAAGGGGAGACAGACGAGCAGAGAACUGAGCACUAGAGACACAGAUAAAAGUAAAUCAUCAUCCAGAAACCCUAGCUAUAAGGACAUGAACAAGUCUGGGUCCCUCAGUAGGGAUACAGGAGUGAAGGAAUCAGAGAAACAUAAACAAUAUAGCAAGGAAACAGGGAAAGACUCGGGCCAAGGUAAAGAAAGACCAUCAAGUAGAGACUCUGACAAGGGUAGACCUUCUUCUAGGGAUUCAAGUUAUAGAAGCAUGGAGAGGAACAAAGAGUCUGGCUCAGGGAGAGAUGGUCAGUCCAAACGGACUGGAAUUGACAGUAGGAGUCCAAGACUUGUACCUGCAGGCUCAGGGCAGUCUUCCCCUCCGGUGGGCACCACUGUUCAUUCAGGUCAGCAGAGAAGUAGCAGCACCAAACAAGUUGAAAAGCAAGGUAAACAUGAAGGCAAAGACCGGGAUCUUUCUCCAGGGCUCAGUUUGAUGCCUUGUCACCGGCCCACCCAUUCCUCUAACGUCCUCCCGUUCAAGGAUAAGCCCAGCUCAGGGAAGGAGAGUAGCUGUGCCACUGGAAAUAUACCACCAUCUCCACUCCAUAAGGAUUCUGCUGUUGGGAACUCUGGCUCCCCGCAGAAGUCCAGUACACGGAAAGCAAACAAUCUCUCAUCGGGUUUAGCUGUAACAGCAGCCGGGACUCCAAUGUGGUCAUCAAGGACAUCGACAGAAGAUGAUGUUGUUAAACAGGGCUCCCUGCACCUGGCCUCCCCAGCUGCAGGCUCAGCUGCCAAAGACAAACAUCCCAAAGUUAAAACAGCAGGCAGCAGAGAUGCAUCCAAAGACCGAGAUAGGGAGAAGAGCCUUCAAAACAGCAACAGCAGCAACAGAAUUCCACUUCUCAACAAUAACACAAAAGCUACUGGCAGCUCAAACACGCACCCCAGCCCUUACAACAACAGCAGCAGCAAAGCUCCAGUGCUCGGAAACAGCACCAAAGCCCACGGAAAGCCUCAGGGAGAGAGGCACGAGAACCAGGGAAGCGAAAGAUCGUCCAAAAAGAGCAGGGAUAAUUACUCCUGCCCAGAACGGAAGAACAGUUCCAGUCUGGACAGCUUACAGCAACUACAACAGGCUAGUUUAGCUCCAGAGAAAGGUGUGACCGCCUCCAACCAGUCUCACAUGAAACAGACAGCCAAUCAGCUUUCUCUGUCGACCAGAGAGAAGAAGCGAUCAGUUAAACCCUCUCCUCCAGUUCCACUCAAGUCUGAUACCAAGAUGGACCCUAACGGGACCAACACUGCUGGUGCGAUUUCUUCAUCCUCCUGUCACACAAGCGUGGUCUCCACUGUCCCUCCUGCCGGACAGGGGGCUCAUCGCUCCGCCCACACCGCUCUCUUCUCUUCACCCUCUGCCAGCAGCAGCGACAGCUCYGAGUCCGACACGCAGACUCAAACCGAGGAGGACGACCUGCUCAAAGACCACCCUAGCGGCAAGCUCAGAGACCACCACGGCCUCCUCGCUCAGAGCACAGAGGACGACGGCGACGGCCCCGAGGACGACCACGACAGAAGUAUGGAGGACAAGCACCAUGAGGACGACAGUGAUGGAUCCGGGUCAGCCAAGCGGCGUUACCCUCGACGCAGCGCUCGCGCGCGCUCCAACAUGUUCUUUGGUCUCACGCCUUUCUACGGUGUUCGUUCGUACGGAGAGGAAGAUCUUCCGUUUUAUGGUGGCGGCGACGGAGCAGGAGCCGUGGUCAGGAAGAGGACCRGCAGCCGUAAGAAAUCAGCUGAGGGGCAGGUGGAUGGAGCCGACGACAUCAGUACCUCGUCUUCGUCAGGGGACAGCGGAGAGGAUGAAGAUAGUGCCGUUAAAAACAGGAGUAAAGACUCUUAUUAUUACAACUUCACUCGGACAAUAAUUAACCCCGGUGAGGGUCUUCCAUCUAUAGAAGGGUUAGAUCACUGCCUAGGAAGGGGGUCCCAGCUUCAGCGCUUUCUAAAAGACGAAGAGCAGCAGCAGCAACGAACCCAAGAAAAAACAGAAGACGACAUGCUGAGUACUUUGACUUUAGGCAAGCAGCGCAUCAGCCAGCUGGACGGCGUUGACGAUGGCUCAGAGAGCGAUACCAGCAUCUGCACCACCAGCACCACAACCACCACGGCCACUUCAUCUUCCACUCCUCACAAGAGCGCUCCUAAGAGGAGAGGCAGAGAGAGGCUCACAGAUAAAACUGACUCCCGUGACUCGAGCAAAGAGGCUGACAGCAGCAGCGGGGCAGGAAGUGGCAGCACACGAGAAAGCAGAAAGAGCCAUAAGGAGAAUUGUCUUCCUCUUGGGGGCGGUGUCAAAGCCCAGCCACAGAGUCAGGGUCAGGAUCCUCUGGAGGCCCAGCUGUCCCUCAGCACAGACCUGCUUAAAUCAGAUUCUGAUAACAACAACAGCGACGACUGUGGGAACAUCUUGCCCUCGGAUAUCAUGGAGUUCGUUUUAAACACGCCGUCCAUGUCGCUGCCGGCUCUAGGUCAGCAGUCCGAGCCGUCGUCCUCAGAGCUGCUGCUGGACGAGAGCUACGUUGGAGUGGAUGUGAACAGGCGGAAAGACAUUCUGUUCGAAGACUUUUCGCAGCCGCUGCCCAGUGCUGAAAGUGGAGGGGUUGUAGAGAGCAGCGUUAGUAGCUCCAUAUCAGUAGAAGAACCGUAUCUUCCCCUCGAGCUGCCCUCUGACCUCUCUGUCCUGACAACACGCAGCCCAGCUGUCAGCACGAGUCAGAACCACGCUGCUGGGAGUCUCAUCUCAAAUACCUCAGAUCGCAGUAUUCUAGGGUUGAACUCUGACCCAGAGAGCAUCAGUGGAGAGAAAAGUGGAGACAAGAAAGGAACCGGGCCUGGUGUGUCACCGUCAGAGAAUCAGCUUGAUGGUACAGCUUUGGGAAACAGGGACACGCCGGUCUCAGAAGGUCACAUGACUCCAGAGCAGUUUAUUUCCAGCCCUGCUAUUGGUCAAGUAGUUGAAACUCCUGUUAGCCAGGAUGUAAGUAGGAGUUCUGGUACUUCGGGCUUGCCAAGUUCUCCCUCUGUGCCUCUACAGAGUCAGAAGUACCUUCCAGCAUCAGCAGCAGCUACAGGCAGUCCCAGUCCAGUGCUUGGCCCAGGACCUUCCCAGACUCAGGUUUCCAGCCCAACAGUCAUCAAACCAGGUCCUGACAAGCUCAUYGUGGUCAAUCAGCAGUUCCAACCUCUCUACGUCCUUCAAACAGUCCCCAACGGUGUAACCCAAAAAAUCAGUGCAACAGGAGUGAUGGACCCUUCCUCUCCAGCGGUGCUGAGUUCAAUGACUCUGACCUCGGGGUUAAACGCYAGUUUAACUUCAGCCCAGCCAAUAUUUCCUGCUGGUGGCAAAGUCCUAGGCGCAAUACCUCACCCAUCUCAGAUUCACGCCUUCACAGGAUCCACGCAGGCAGGCUUCCAAACAGGAAUCCCCAGCACCACCUCGGGGCUGCUCAUUGGUCUGCCCUCACAGCCACACGACCAGUCCCAGAUUCUGGUCUCAGAGCCUGGUAAACCGCAGGAGCUGGGUCCUGGCGUGGCCAUCGUUUCUAGUCCCUCCUCUCUCACUCAUUCAUCUGCUGUUCUCGCUUCCCCCCACGGCAAGAAGAGGCCCAUCUCUCGCCUGCCGAGAAAAAGCAAAAAAGUGGCCCGCUCCCGCAGCCAGCCCACUCUGGCCCCCUCUGAAGUAGGACCCUCCAACGUGACUCUCAUCAACCUGUCUUCCCAACAGAUCGCUGCAAGUAUUCCUGGCCAAGCAGGUGGUCUGGUGGAGUUAGGCACCCUCUCUGCCUCUCAACGCAAGGUCCCCAACAUUAUCAAGAGGCCAAAAUCAGGCGGGGUUAUGUACUUGGAUCCCACUACGCUCUUGCAGCAAAGACUCUCCGGUCCUGCCCAACCCGGCAUCCUGAGUCACGAUUCUUCUGCUCAUCUUCUACCUUGCACCGUCUCUGGUCUCAGCCCCAACUCGUCAGUGUUGAAUGUUGUGUCUGUUCCCCCCAGCGGCUCCGCCGGCCUCCUCGCUCCAGGUUCGGUGUCACUCUCCACCCCCGUGCUGAGCUCCGCCGACAUCACGGGGCCGAUUAGCAACCUCCUUUUUAAAGCCAACCCACACGGUUUGAGCCUAUCGGAUCAGUCGGUGGUCCUUCAGCCAGCAGGGGGAGCUCCUCUGAUGUCCCAUCUCGGCUCCUCUGUUCAGACGUCCAUAGCCAGCAGUAUCUGCGUCCUGCCCACCCAGCAGACGAUCACCAUGGCUGUCAACCAGCGCGGSGAGGCCGAGGGCAGGAGCGUCCACUUGCAGCAUCAGUCGCAGCCUGUCAGCAGUGCUCAGACUGUGGACUCGAAUCURAACAGCAUCGCUUUGUCUCCCAGUCCGUCUGCCCCUCCGAGAGGCGCGAAAGGACGUUUUGUUGGAGUGUUCACUCAAAAACCGAUCUCUGCACAUUCCCAGAGCAGCAGGACGACACCUAUUUCCAUAUCAUCAGAGCAGAGACCAGCUAACUCCGCUGCAACUUUGUCCAGCGCGCAAUCCAGUCUGGAAAAAAGCAAAAAGAAAGUGAAGAGAAGCCGACAGACUCCAGAUAUUAACAGUGGAAAGAAGCUUAAGGCCUCUCAGRCAGAAGAUCAUCAGAGCAACCCUGAAAAACACCCCCCACUUUCAAAUCCAAGCUCMAGAGAACUGAGCUCUCCUGAACCUAUGGACACAGGCAAACCCCCAGAUAAGGCGACCAACAAGAGUGCCAUCGGUAAAAAGAAGAGUCCUGAAGGGCACGCGUUACCAGAGAAAAUGGUGGGAAAGGACAAACCAUCUGCAGCUGGAGAUGCUGGWUCUGUUCCUGCAGCAUCACCACCUGACCAGGAUGGCAACAGCAGGGAUUCUGGCCUGGAYAGCAAACCCAAAAAGGGCAUCAUCUUUGAAAUCUGCAGCGAGGACGGCUUCCACAUUCGCUGUGAGAGCAUUGAAGAGGCCUGGAAGUCCCUGACUGAUAAGGUGAAGGAGGCUCGUUCCAAUGCACAUCUCAAAGAGCUUUCUUUUGAAGGUGUGAAUGGAUUGAGGAUGCUGGGAGUCGUACAUGAAGCUGUGGUCUUUCUGCUCGAGCAGCUGAACGGAUCCAGGCACUGCCGCAGCUACCGUUUCCGCUUCCACAAACCAGAGGAAACCGACGAACCUCCUCUCAAUCCCCACGGCUCAGCUCGGGCAGAAAUCCACCACAGGAGGUCUGUAUUUGACAUGUUCAACUUCUUGGCCUCGAAACACCGCCAACCACCCGAGUACAGACAACAGGAGGAAGAGGAUGAGGAAGGGCAGCUCAGGACUGCCAGGCGCACUUCCAUGGAGCUGCCGCUCRCUGUGAGGUUCAAACAGCUGAAGGCCACCUGGAGGGAAGCUGUUGGAGUCUACAGGUCUCCUAUUCAUGGCCGCGGUUUGUUCUGUAAGAAAACUAUCGAAGCUGGAGAAAUGGUGAUUGAAUACUCUGGAAACGUCAUUCGGUCUGUGCUCACUGACAAACGGGAGAAACACUACGAAGGGAAGGGGAUCGGCUGUUACAUGUUUCGCAUCGACGACUACGAGGUCGUGGACGCCACGGUGCACGGCAACGCCGCCCGCUUCAUCAACCACUCCUGCGAGCCCAACUGCUACUCCCGCGUCGUCACCGUGGACGGCCAGAAGCACAUCGUCAUCUUCGCGUCCCGCCGCAUCUGCUGCGGCGAGGAGCUGACGUACGACUACAAGUUCCCCAUCGAGGACGCCAGCAGUAAGCUGCUGUGCAACUGCGGCGCAAAGAAGUGCCGCAAGUUCCUCAACUGAUCUACACGACCCGAGGAGGACUCGAGCAGCGGUGCCACGAGGUUGAGAAGACACCCCCCCACUCCCCCAACCCUGCUGUCCUUUGCCAUAUUUUGGUGAUUUCUGUUACGUCAGCUGCUGCAAGUGUCGGCAAAGUGGGUCAGGCUGUAUUUUCAGGAUGGRCCAUAUGUAAAAAUUCAAACAUAUUGUGCCUCCUUUUCUCCGUUUUACAUUUGACAUUAAAAGUUCUACCUGGAGCGGUGAGUUAAGAAUCACGUAAUUGCAAUAUCAGCUUUUUCUUUCUUUUUGGAUGACUUUUUUUUUUUUUACACUGACCCAUGAUCCUUGUUUUUUAUGUUAUGGUCUACUAAUGUGAGCUUAGAAGGAAAAAAAAUAAAUCAAAGAGCUUGGUUUUAUUUAA